GGACGUCGGCCAUCUUGUUUCGCGGCAAAAGUUAGGUUAUGUGUCACGUUGACAGUUCCCGCCGUUUAGUGACGUGCUAGAGUGAUUGAUUAGUUAUAGAUGGCCGCGAGCGGAGAAAGUUUAUUUUUAUAAUAAUAGCGAAGCCACAUGCGCAAACGCAAACACCACAUGUCAAUGGUCUUAAGAUUACUGAACUUUUAUAGGUAAAUGAACCCGAUAUGGCUGAAUUCAUUACACCUUACGAAGACGACGGCCUGUUCCAAGAAUCAGAUGGCGUCACCGACCUACACGCUUAUUACAUGUCGCAGUUCAACUUAGAAAUAGAAAACAAUAAGAGGAAGAACGAUAGCUUCAAAUAUGGGAAUGAAGAAAGCUUCAACUUUGAAGUCCUCGAUUGGAACAAUGGAACAACCCCUAACCCUGACUUUGAAAUAAUAAAUGAAGUAAUCGAUAAGAAUAUCAAAGAACAAAAUAUAAAAGAAGUGCUUUUAGACCUAGAUAGCAUUGAAUUUGACGAUAAUAGCUUUAAAAGCGAAUCUUACAGUGAAACAAGGACUGAAAAUAACUUUUAUGAAGGAAACAAUGACUACAUAGAUGACGAAUCAUUAAUUGACGAACUAUGUCGAGAAGAUGGUGAAAAUUCAAACUCCGGUUUUAAAGAAGAAUAUCUUGCAACUCCAGCAGAGCCUAACCAAUUGCCUUCUAUAGAAACAGCUUUUGCCAAACGUUAUUGCAAUUAUAAUGUAGAAGAAGUACCACAAAACCAGUAUUAUAGCCAAGCGAAUGAAACUAUUGUAAAUAGUAAUAAUAAUACAAAUGUGGUUAACAGUUUAGAACAAUACAGUUAUCCUAACAAUAUAUUGUACAACUUAGAUAGCGAUAAAACUUAUAUUUUACCAGAUACACCAACCAGUUGUACAGAAUUCAAUUUCGAAAGGCACGAAAGGAAAGUUUCAGUGUCAGAGUCGAUUGAAAGCGACGUGCAAAGUUCAACUUACUACGACGAAAACUCAGAAUUGUUAGAUGAAGAUGAACUGUUUGUUAACUUGGAUGAUUUUGGGCUGAACCUUGAAAAGGAGACUGAAGAAGUUAAUGUUGAAAAUAAGUACAAUUACGCAGCUGAAAGAAGAACAGUCAAGGAUAAAUCACAAGGAGAACGAGUGUGUUUAUGGGAGCAUUGCUACGAGAGGUACCCGAAUCAGAACACACUAGUAGAACACAUUGAAAGAGCACACGUUAACACAUACAAAGGUGACGAGUUCAGCUGCCUGUGGCGUGAGUGCGCGCGCGCACGGCGUCCAUUCAACGCGCGGUACAAACUGCUCAUUCACAUGCGCGUCCAUUCUGGACAUAAACCUAAUCGGUGUCAUCACCCAGGUUGCGGCAAAGCGUUCUCCAGGCUGGAGAACCUGAAGAUCCACGUGAGAUCGCACACGGGUGAGCGUCCGUACGCCUGCCCCGCGCCGCACUGUCGCAAGGCCUUCUCCAACUCUUCAGACCGGGCUAAGCAUCAGAGGACGCAUUUUAAUGCUCGACCCUACGCCUGCGGAGCAGCCGGCUGCGGCAAACGCUACACCGACCCCUCCUCCCUCCGAAAACACGUCAAGUCCCACCCCCACAUCCCCAGCGUACCCAGGACCUGCCUCCCACCAAGACCUAGAAGAAUUGAACAGGAGCAAAUGGUCCCAAGCUCACCAGCGAAGCUAGCAACCCUACGGUGCAUCAGAGAUAAACUGACAGUGCCAAGGAUACAAAGACUGUAGUAUAUAUGCCAUAAGAUUUAAAAAACAUCUUUGACAGAACAUUUUUCAAGGUAUUAGCCCUUUCACUUUUGAAAACAUUUGAAGUUCCACCCCCAUAUCACCAGCAUGCCUAGUAUCUGUCUACUACCACGGCCUAAUAAGGAUUGAACGGGAACAAAUGGUGCCGAGUUCACCAACGAAACUGGCAACGCUAAGGGGCAUCAGAGACAAACUAACUGUGCCUAGACUACAAAGGUUGUAGGAUCUAUCUUUGUCUCAAGUUAUGGCCAAGCUAC